CAUGCCCUCACCAACGGCUCGCCCAACGGACGAGCGGCGCCGAGACUUAUCUCCUCGCGGUUACCUUCCCGCCACAGGCUCUGCCCCGCUGCGACUCGCCCGGUCGCCCCACACAACCCCCAACGGGCAACGCCGGCAUCCGCAGCAGCUGCAACAAACAACAUGUGGUCAGGAUCCGCGCCUGCCGCGGCGCGCACGGCGUCCCCGCGGCUCCCGGCGCCGUCCCACUCUUCGUCCCGGCGCGCGGUCCGUCCGGGAUUGUCGUCGGUAGUGCGCGCGGGCGGCGGCGGCGGCGGGCUGAUGGACUUCGUGGGCGGGGACCUGGUGAAGCCGGACCUGGGGCGGUGGCUGGAGGACGUGGAGAAGCACAAGGCGCUGGCCAUCUACCCGCCGCACGAGGGCGGCUACGAGGGCCGCUACCUCAACCGCCUCCGCUACCAGGGCUACUACUUCCUCGACCUCUCCGCCCGUGGCCUCGGCGACCCGGAAUCCACCCUCACCAAGAUCCACCCCGUCUGCCCGCCUAGCCUCGGGAGGCAGCCGAUCGCGAGGUGGUACUUCCCCCCCGAGGUGGACUACAGGCUCAGCUUGCUGCACCCGGACGCCAAAGGCCUCGUCGUCUGGGUCCUCGAAGCCAAGGUUCUGUCCAAGGCUGAGCUGCAGUUCCUCGCAAUGCUCCCGGAUCUCCGCCCCAAAGUCAGGGUCAUCGCGGAAUGUGGCAACUGGAGAAAAUUUAUAUGGAAGCCGCUGAAGCAAAUAUCCGGCCUUGAACCUGAUCCGGACGCGGAACAAUGAGCAACCAUCACACGGCAGUUAUUCUGAACCUGAAGACAUACACCUCGUCUCAUCUCUCGCCUUACGUGCAUUCUCUUUUCAGCUUUUAUUUUUACCAAGGAUGGCAAGAAAUAAUUUGUACAUAUACAUUACGGCUCAAAUUCCACGAGGCAAUCAUGUACGGAGUAGAACCUUUCAAAUAUACAGGUCCAAUAAAUCAUUCAUGGUUUACAUA